AUGAGGCUCUCCUACGGCCUCGCCCUAUUGGGUUCUGCUUUCGGCCUCGCCGCGUAUUCGAAAGUAACGCCGCGCGAUUUUAACACAAAUGACUACUACGUCCUCCACCUAGCCUCUGAUGCAUCACCCAGCGUCGUUGCGCGAGAACUCGGUCUGACACACGUGGGUCAACUUGGAGAGCUUGAGAGCCAUCACGUCUUCUCUGGGGAAAAGACGCCGCACGAUAUUGUUAAACGAGGACUGGAAAAGCGAGGACUGGAACGGCGUGAUGUCCUCUUCUCGCAGAAGCAGGCUCCGCGAGCACCUUGGCAGAAGAGGGUGUCUCCACCCCCUCGCGCUGGACCAAGCCCUCUCCGGGACCGUCAGGAGGAUGCCCCGGACGUGAAUGCGGUCAAGAAGCUGACACAGGUCGCCAAGGCGUUGAAUAUCGAGGAUCCCAUCUUCCAUGAACAAUGGCACCUGUUUAAUUCCGUCCAAUUAGGCCAUGACGUCAAUGUUACCGACGUUUGGUUGAAUGGAGUUACCGGAAAGAACGCCACUGUUUCAAUUGUCGACGAUGGCCUAGACAUGUAUAGUGAUGAUCUCAAAGGCAACUACUAUGCCAAGGGCUCAUACGACUUCAAUGACAAGACCGAAGAGCCCAAGCCGAGGUUAUCUGACGACAGGCACGGUACGCGUUGUGCUGGAGAAGUGGCAGCCGUCCGGAAUGAUGUGUGUGGUGUGGGCGUCGCCUUCGACGCAAAAGUCUCAGGUUUGCGUAUUCUGAGCAAGCUUAUCAGCGACGCAGAUGAGGCUGUCGCACUGAACUACGACUUUCACAACAACCACAUUUAUUCUUGCUCCUGGGGUCCUCCGGAUGAUGGCAAAAGCAUGGACGCACCGGGGCUCCUAAUUCGACGCGCAAUGUUGAACGCCGUGCAAAAGGGCCGGGACGGCAAAGGCUCAAUCUACGUUUUUGCUAGUGGAAACGGAGCCGCUAACGAGGACAACUGUAACUUUGACGGGUACACCAACAGCAUCUACAGCAUCACUGUUGGUGCAAUCGACAGAAAGGGCUUGCAUCCAUACUACUCCGAGGCCUGCUCCGCCAACCUGGUUGUCACAUACUCUUCUGGUAGUGGAGACGCGAUUCACACCACGGACGUCGGGACAAACCAGUGCUACAAUGGGCACGGAGGCACAUCGGCGGCAGCUCCUCUAGCCGCCGGAAUUUUUGCUCUCGUAUUGGAGGUCCGUCCAGAUCUUACUUGGAGGGACAUGCAGUACCUUGCCUUCAUGACGGCUGUGCCGCUUAACCUCGACUCUGGCGAUUGGCAAGAUACCGCUAUCGGCAAGAAGUACAGUCACACAUACGGAUACGGCAAGGUUGAUACUUUUGGCAUCGUGGAGGCAGCCAAGACUUGGAAGCUUGUCAAACCUCAGGCGUAUUUUUUCUCGCCUUGGAUCCAUGUGAAGCAUGGGAUUCCCGAGGGCGAUGCUGGCCUUGCUACAAAAUUCGAGGUUACUGAAGAUAUGCUUGCCAAGGCAAACCUGGAGCGGGUUGAGCAUGUCACUGUAACCAUGAACAUAGAGCACUCUCGCCGUGGCGAUCUCAGCGUGGACCUCAUUAGUCCAAACAAGGUCAUCAGCCAUCUCUCGGUCACGAGACGUCUAGAUAACGCCAAGGCGGGCUACAAAGACUGGACCUUCAUGAGUGUUGUGCACUGGGGUGAGUCGGGAGUUGGUACUUGGACCAUCGUGGUUAGAGACACCAAGGUCAAUGAAUUCCAAGGCAACUUCACAGAUUGGCAUCUCAAGCUAUGGGGUGAGGCCCGAGAUCCUUCGAAAGCCGUACUUCUGCCGAUGCCAACAGAAAACGAUGACAAAGAUCACGACAAGCCGUCCACAACCACGGUCGCAGCUGAGACGAUUACUAUGCCACCCGGCUCUGCGUCGACGCCCGACAAGCCCAUCACCACCCCAUCGACCGACCAUCCCGACCGACCAGUUAACAACAAGCCAAGCGUAGCAGGGCCUCCCGGUUCUCAGGUUACUACUGAUCAGGGAUCUAGCGUUAGCGGAAGCCCGGCUACUCAGUCAAACUCAUCGUGGCUUCCAUCCUUUUUGCCCACAUUCGGAGUAUCGUCGCGCACUCAAGUCUGGAUAUAUGGCGCCUUGGGUCUGAUUGUAGUUUUCUGUAUCGGUCUCGGCAUCUAUCUGUUUAUGGCUCGCCAGCGCAGGCUGCGUAACAGCCCACGGGAUAACUACGAGUUUGAGUUGCUUGACGAGGAAGAAGCUGAGGGUUUGAACCGUGGUGAAAAGGGCUUUGCGGGCGGCCAGAAAGGACGUAAAACUCGGGGCGGUGAGCUGUACGAUGCCUUUGCUGGUGGAAGCGAUGAUGAGGACGAGUUUGCUACAGAUCAGUAUCAUGACCGUGCCGAAGCUAGCGCUGAGAGGACGCACGAUGCUGAUGAUGAGGAUGUGCAUCAUGUUAUCGGAGACGAUUCGGAAGACGAGGAUGAGAAAGGGCUUAUGACUUCACGAUGA